AUGUUGUGCGCGUUGGAUGACACUUGGGCAGAUUGUCUUGAUGAGUUUAAAUUGGCCCUUUCCUCCACGGGAAAUACGUGGAAAUGUGAAUCAUUAGCGGGUGUCGAUAAGGAGGCGAUGCUCAGCGCUCCAGAGGUGAUGGAUGCCAAGACGGACCCAGGAUGCGGAUAUGCUCAAAUCCGCUCGCUCAACGACCUCCUCGCGAAAGGGGACAUUCCUUCGGCUGCAACACUGCAGGGACAGGAAUUACUGGACGUCAUGGACCUCAUUCUUGCUAAGGAACUACAAUAUCUUCAGGGAUUUUCCCUUACUUCGGGUUGUCUUGCCUUCCCGUAUUUUUUCAAGAUGGAUUUACUAAAGGAGCAGAAUCCUGUGUUGCAUGCGUAUUGCCGAGGUGUUGUGAGGACCGUAGAGAUUGUGCUGCGUGCGGUCAUGACGACUGGGAUCCGCAGCGAUGAGGAGUUUGUGCCAUGGAUAAGGGAGAUGGAAAGCGAGGAAAACGUGCCCGAUGAGCAGAUUCUUUGUCAACUUGAGGAGGCUGCAUGCAAGGCAGACUCACCUGCCGUUGCGACGCGGUUGCGUUGGCGCAUGGACUUUCUUUCUGCGCUCCGGUUGUUUGUUGUUGUUGAGGGAAAAGCGGCUGUUGAGGAGGCAUGCGGUAUAUGCAGCGCGGCGCAGGAGCUGUUGAAUUCAGAUGACUAUGCGCGUACUUUUGAGCCCGUGCAGGAUGGCCGUUUUUUCCGCGAGACUGAGGUUGCGUAUUGGGCGAGUGGUUUCACUCCAACAAAACCAAUGCCCGUUGCUCCCUUUUGUGAGGUGGUGCAGUCGUACACGACAACGCUGCAGCAGUUGGCUUCACUCAAAGAUUUGUUCAGUUUACCGUCUAUUCAAGCCAUCUUGGAAUAUAUCGAGUCUAUCGGGGCGCAGAAGCCGCUGCUUCCAGUGCGAGCAAUUGCAGUAAUCGCACUAUUUCGCAGUAAUCCAAGUGAGUCUUUUCUUUAUGGUCCUUCCUUGAGCCAUCGCGUUCUUGAAGACUUGUCAACAAGUUACGGCGCCCCCCUUUAUCUUGGAAUAAUGGAGGGAAAGGAGGAAUUACUCGAGGGUGUGGUGAAGUAUCGCCUUCACAAGGGAAUGGACCACCGCAAAGUAACACCUCAACAAACCGAGUUCCUCCGCCAGCACACCGUAGAUGCUGUACGUAGUUGGGCAAGAGAAAUGGAAAAGGUAUAUCUUAUUCAUAUGGAGUGUAUGCUCUGCAACCGGGGUCUUGCCCACCGCCGGCUUAUGAAUGUGCUGCCCCAACUAGGGGGACUGCAGGAAAUGUCGUACAGCACUGACAUUAACAUUUUUCUUUCUCAGACCCCGGGGUUGGCUGCGGACUUGCAGAACGAAGCUAUCAAGCGAACAUCAAUACUUACAAUGUACGCUAACCAACAUGUUUUGCAUGUGAUGGAGCUUAUUUUCUCCCUUACGGUUGAACUUGAUCUCUUUACGCAGGGAGAGCUUGUACCCGCACUUUGGUAUAUGAAUUUUAUACAGCGGCUGCAGGUGGAGAACCUCUUAAAUUUAUCUCCGCCAUAUGGCGCUUUAAUUCCUGAAACCCGUAUAAACCGGGUAACGAAGGUACCACUGUAUAAUCUGGCCCUAAGCACUCGUACCUCAGGGAAUGUGGACACACUUCGUGUUGCCAUUUUGGAGACGGGUCGGCAGAUUACUGAUGCUCUUUUCCGUGCCGCAUGCGUGAUGGAGGCCAAGGGGCUUAUCGACUUCAAAACUCAGGGAAAGUACUCACUUACUACGGUGGAGAGAGUGUUUAACAACCGCAUGAAAUGCUUGGGCCACAUCCGCAGCCCAACCUUUGUGCCAUACGGCUACUGUGUGUCUGCCAAACCUAACUUUUCCUCAACUAAUGACGGGGAUCCACCGAAAAUUUCACAUUACGCUCACGAAGCAGGCGUGCAGGCGCUUAAUGCGGCAGAGCGAUUGAAACAUCUGCUAGCGAUGAAGGGCCUCGAUGGGGCGCGCGGGAGAGCUUUGUACGAACACAUCAAGGCAAUGGAAAAGACAGCGCGGGCGAUAAAUGCGUCUUUGGCAUCAUUUGUUGGUGUGUGUGACGAUGAGGAGGCAUUGAAGGGGUAUGCCGUGGAGGUUUGUCGACCCUUCCAUUCCUGUAUGAUAUGCCUCACCUUAAGGAAGAGGACAACCGCUUGA